AUGAUUGUUAUAAUUGACAAACGUGAUUAUUUUCAAUUAAGUCCAUUUUUAUAUCGAUUUCUUUGUAGGUCAUCAAGACGAGAACAAUAUCCAUUAACAUUUUCAAAUUUAUAUCAUUUUGGUGAUCAAGAAAUCUUUAUUAAUUUAUCAUUUCUUUUUAUUUUUAAUCUUUAUCAAAUUGAUCCAAUGUUUGAUAUGAGUUUAAGUUUAAAUAAAAUUGAAAAUGAUCUUUGGCUUCCUUUUGUUCAAUUAAACUGUCAAACUAAUAUUAUUCAACAAAUUUGUUCGAAUGAACGAAAUCAUUUAAUUUCAUUAAAUGAAAAGUUUCAACGACGGGAAAAAUUAACUCAUAUGCUUGAGAUAAAAGAAAAUUUAACAAUUGAUUCAGAAAAAUUAUUAAUAAUAUUAAAUAAUUUUCAUAAGGAUCGAAUUAUAAUUAAAAAUUCUCUUAAUGAACAUCAAGUUCAACGUCAAAUGUUAUGUUUUAGAACAGGUUGUGAAGCCUAUAGAGAAAUAGCUAAACAUUUAUCACAACUUCAUAUAUUAUUAAGAGAUUCAAUAUUGAUUUAA